AUGCAUAUUGCCAACCUCGCGACGAUCGAGAGGGAAUCAUCUGUGCUAUCGAUCCAAGAGCCUCAGGAGUCGUACGAUUCGGACAACGAGGAUGACGAGGAUGACGAGGAUGAGGAAGACGAGCCGAUCGAGGAGCGUGGAGGCUACGUCACGCCAUUGGAGGCGUAUGUCGACACAGAUGCAGGUCGAGGAUACUUGUACUUGACGACGCUGUCGGCAGGUGAGCAGGGGACCAUCAUCAAGGUCCUGGCCAUUGACGAGGACUGGGAAGAUGAUCGCGAGAUUGUCCUGAAGAUAUUUAGUAACGCGAAUCAGGCAUCCUGGCUGCAGGAGGUGCAAGGAUACGAGCGCGUAUCCAACCCCGGCCAUCCCAACGUCCUCAAGUACUACGGUGGCUUUUAUUACUGCCGCCAGCGAUGCAUCGCCUUGGACCUCGCGGACACGAACCUGCAGGAACACGAAGUGGCGAACUGGGACCAGAUGUCAAGACGCCACAUCCAGGGCCUCGCCCGUGGCAUCUGUCACGGGUUGAACUACCUCCAUAGCAUGGGGGUAGUUCACCGGGACAUAAAGCCUGAAAACAUCUUGUUGACGGCGUCCCGGGAGGCCCUGGUAUCGGACCUGGGGUUGUCGGAUGCACUGGACGAGAAAGGGGAGGCGACGGGCGACAAUGGCACGGACGGGUUCAGAGCACCGGAGAUCGAGGGUACGUAUACGACCAAGGUCGACGCCUUCUCGUUCGGGGCUCUCUUGCACGAGCUGAUCCACGGUGUCGUUCCCGAGAAGAAGAAGGGCUCCGAGAAAUGUGUUAACAUGAUCAGAAAAUGGAGACACGCCAGGGAUUUGGUUGAUGGUCUGCUGCGUCCUGAUCCAGAGAGCAGACUCAGCAUCGACCAGGCCCUGCAGCAGCCCUUCUUCGUCCUAAACCAAGGCAACCUCGACCGCAACGGUAGAAAGCUGGUCACCGCUGCCAUGUCAGUUGCUCAAGCAACGGUUGGUGACGUUGCUCCCGAGGCCCAGGCUCAGAGCACGGCACCAGCAGUAGCAGAGGAGCAAGACUGUGAGGACAAGGCCACUACUCCCGAGGAGAACGAUGACGACGAGGUAGCCGAGACGAGCAGCGACGAGGAGGCCGAAGAUGAUGCCGAUGAGGAGACUGGAGAAGAGGACGAAUAA